UCGAAAAUACUCUAGCAAUCAACGAACUACCUUUUUCUUUUAUCAUAUUUUUUCAAAUCCGUGCAAGGCAAAUGAUGCAAUUUUUUUGUAUUUUCUUCUUCUACAAAAACACUAGAAAACAACUCCACCUUUCUCUCUCUCUAAACUCGCUCUCUUACUUUAGUCAUAGAGCGCGCGCUGUUUCCAUCAUCCUUCUCGUUCAUCUCCUCCAUCAAAUCAAAUCAACAAUUCUCCCAAUUUAACCGACGAUGGAUCAUUUGUCGCAGGAAAUGGCUCUCCACCAUUUCGGCGACAAUCAUUUACCGGAUAAUUCCCCAAUUCCGACGACCGAGCAGCACCACCACCGCCCCCCGAGCUGGCUCAACAGCGCUAUUCUCCGCCCGCCUAAUCACUUCUCCGAUGGAAAUUUCCUCAAUCUGCAGACGAACUCGGGCUCGUCCUCCCCCGCCGCCAACAACCAGUGGCUCUCCCGAUCGAUUCUGCAGCGGAACUUCAGCGAGGUCUCCGGCGAUUCGAUUAUCGCGGCGGCGAUUUCUCAUGAAUCGGCGGAUUUUAAUCAUAAUAACAACAACGGCGGGAGAAGCGAGGGAGGCGUUGAAGGAGUGGUGAAUUGGCGUUGCAAGGCGGAGAUAUUGGCUCACCCGCUCUACGAGCAGCUGCUGUCGGCGCAUGUGGCGUGCCUGCGCAUUGCGACGCCGGUGGAUCAGCUGCCGAGGAUCGACGCGCAGCUGGCGCAGUCGCAGCAAGUGGUGGAGAAAUACUCCGCCGUCGGCCAUGCCGCCGCGGAUGAUAAGGAGCUCGAUCAGUUCAUGACGCAUUAUGUGGUGCUGCUGUGUUCGUUCAAAGAGCAACUGCAGCAGCAUGUGCGUGUUCAUGCGAUGGAGGCGGUUAUGGCGUGUUGGGAGAUCGAGCAGUCCUUGCAAAGCUUAACUGGAGUUUCACCGGGAGAAGGGACGGGGGCGACGAUGUCCGAUGACGAUGAUGAGCCUGUAGAUAGUGAUGUAAACCUGUUUGAAGAUGGGAAUGACAGCAUGGGGUUUGGCCCUUUGAUCCCAACAGAAUCAGAAAGAUCACUCAUGGAGCGUGUGCGCCAGGAGCUUAAGCAUGAGCUCAAAAAUGGCUACAAGGACAAGAUUGUGGACAUUAGGGAGGAAAUUCUACGGAAGAGACGCGCCGGAAAGCUCCCCGGUGAUACAACCUCGGUGUUGAAAGCUUGGUGGCAGUCGCAUUCUAAAUGGCCAUAUCCCACUGAAGAGGAUAAGGCAAGAUUGGUGCAAGAAACAGGCCUGCAGCUGAAGCAAAUAAACAACUGGUUCAUCAACCAAAGGAAGAGGAACUGGCACAGCAAUGCUGCUUCUUCUUCUUCCACUGCCUUGAAAAGCAAGCGCAAAAGGGUUUAAACACGAGCUGGGGAAAUGAUGUGGAGGUGCGUGUCUCAAAGAUGAAGACCAUGUUUUAGUACAAGUUCAUUUGGAAAUGAAAGCUUGGUAUACACACAGUUUUGAAUAUGCCUUUUUAAUUGUCUUUAUGAAUACUAGUAUAAUCUACACAUGAUUUUAUACAUCUCAAUGCAUGGGAGAUGUUUGUAAAGUUGUAGCAAUGCAAUUUAGUUGUCGUUUUCUCUUGUAGAUCUUGUCUUGUUAAGCAUCUCUACUGUAAUAUACAAUAGAUUAUUAAUUUAAAUGGAUAUAUACAUA